AUGGCGUCACUUCCAAAGUUUUCCACCGUCUUCACCUGGGCCCUCUACUUGAUCCCAGUGUAUAUCUUCAUUCUCGACCCGCUAGUGCGCGGAUUCUUCCCGGACCUGCUGGCACUACCCGGUGACAGCGACGACCUCUUCGAUGAGUCCGACGCACCAGGACCAGGAAUCAACCUUACCGACGACAGUUUCAUCAGCCCUGAAGAUGGCGUACCAUUCAGCUGCCCUAGCGUAGAGGGAUACAGCGUGCAUCUGCUCUCGCGCGAACCGCUGAUCAUCUACAUCGAGAACUUCAUCUCCGAAACCGAAGCAAACCACAUCCUGGACAUGAGCGUGAACAAAUACACCCCUUCAAUCGUCUACGACGGUCAAACCGAACGAGUAGACCCAAACAAACGCCUCUCCGACCGUGCCCUCCUCGACCGCGACGACACUGUCCGCUGUCUGGAAGACCGCGCCCGCGCCUUCCAGGGCUGGAAUCCGGACCUGUACAUCGAGCGCAUGUGGGCGCAGCGCUAUAAUGCCUCCGGCCACUACCGCCACCACUAUGACUGGGCCGGGUCGUUGGCGCGGGGCGGAGACCGGUUCAGCACCUUUAUGGUGUAUCUCGAUGCGGACUGUGAGGGUGGGGGGACGAAUUUCCCACGGUUGAGGAUGCCGACUGGGGAGGGAUGGUGUCGGUUUUUGGAGUGUGAGCAGGGAGAUGGGAAAGGGAAGGGAAAUAUGGGUAUCACAUUCAAGCCUAUCAAGGGUAAUGCUGUGUUUUGGGAGAAUCUCCGGGUGGAUGGGACGGGGUAUUCUGAGACUUGGCACGCUGCGUUCCCUGUUACAAAGGGGACGAAGGUCGGAUUGAAUGUGUGGAGUUGGUACCAGCCAAAGCGGAGGAACCGCUUAGGAAGGUGA